AUUUGUUUACAAUUAAUGUCACUUCCGUGUCGUCACUCGUCAGUGAAGGAAGAGAGAGCAGAGGAUUGGAAGCUUGUUACUGACGUGGUGACAAUUAAAUUUAUUGUGAUCUGAACACUCUUGGCUAAUGAUAACUUUUUAUCUGAGACACUGUUCUUUUGGUUUUAAUUUUUCGCAAACAUUUUGACCUCUUAAUCUGUUCUUACAAGGUGCCACUGCGACUAUUUCUCGAUCUAGAAAUCUAGCAGAUCUCUACUUACUCUUCUCUGUGAAGUCUGAAGUUUUCAUUACCGGUACGGUAACUCUGGUACCGUGCGUGUGUCAUCGAGUGUGAAAACCAACUUCAACAACACCACGUUCUAAUUGCCCAGAAGCACUCACAAGAGUCGAACACAGUCUGCUGAGAAAUGUUGGGCAAGCUUAUUUUCCUUUCCACUGUCGUCUGCGUCAUUGCCUUACUAAUAAACAUCGACUACACUGCCCAGUAUCUAAACAGUAAGGUGUUGCCAACAAUUUAUGAAGUCUUGCCAGACUUUAUAAUAAAAAACAGUAACUCCAGUGAACGACAAGUGGAGAAAAUAUUCAGUCGUGAAGAUCUACUUCAAUAUAAAGGCACAAAUGGUGGCAGGGUGUACCUGGCUGUAGUUGGCCAUGUGUAUGAUGUUACAAAGGGCAAGAAACAUUACGGUCCAGGUGGUGGCUAUGAAUUCUUUGCAGGGAUUGAUGGGUCAAAAGCAUAUGUCACAGGGGAAUUCAAUGAGAAAGGACUUACUGAUGAUAUAUCAGCUCUCUCACCUUCUCAAAUCAUUGGCUUAGAGGGGUGGAAAUCUUUCUAUGAAAAAGAUUACAAGUUUGUUGGAGUGGUCGAGGGAGCUUUCUUUGAUAAAGAUGGUAGUGAGCUGCCUAUGAUGAAGGAGUACAGGAGAAAAUUGGACUUGGGUCAUCAAGAGAAAUCACUAGUGGAAAAAGAUAGACAACUGUUUCCACCCUGUAAUUCUGAGUGGAGUCAAGCUGAUGGUGGAAGGGUAUGGUGUUCUACUCUCAGUGGUGGUAUCAGCAGAGACUGGGCUGGCCUGCCGAGGAUGUACUACACUGCAGGAAACUCAAAGCCUCGGUGUGCUUGUGUGCGCACAACAGGGCCUCCAUCUCAUGAUAUGAACAGUGAAACACAUAAAAAUAGAGGGGAUUUGGACAAUCCAAACUUGAAUGUUUAUCCGAAUUGUUCACCUUCUUCUGAAUCUUGUCCAUUACCUCAAAGUAGUUAAACACAAAAUAUAAAGUAAGCCAAUUUGCCAUUUCAUGUUAGGUCGAGUAAAAUGUAGACUAAAGGGCUUCAGCUCAGAGACUU